AUGGCGGCAGGCACAAAUUCAGGAUGUGAUACAGAUACUAGUUCAUCUGAUUCACCACCGUCACUCAUCACGACUGCCGAGACAACGUCUAAUACUGCUCAAGAGGCUCUACCAUUAGCCAAGGUACAGGAAGCUAGUUGUUCGUUUGAUGGCAGCGGCCAUACUUCGUUCUCCAAGAGCAAAAGCUCGAAGGAUUGGGACGUCGUUGGUCUCAACAUUAGCGAAUCGCAACGACUUACCUUCCUUGGCCUUCUCGAGGGCAAAACACAAGCUUAUGCUAACCUUGCACAUUCCAUGCCGAGCAUUGACCAGCUUGAGUUUACAGAGAAUCUGCGGACGACACCGUUCGUUGACGCUGAUCGUUUGAUGUUCGAGAACCUCGGUCAACCACACCCUUCAUUCUAUCAGCAUGUCAAUGCACCGAAUUCUAUUCAGAAUCAAUUGGUGAUGAAGUUUCGAGAGUCGUUAUUUCCCGACAACGGGACCGUACCAGAAGCUCUGAGAAAUCACGCUCGGCUGCUGUCACAUUUACCACCACUAACAGGCACAAAUCCACUUCUCGACACUAGUGUAAGAGCUGUCACACUUGUUCAUAUUGGUAGAUUGAACAAUUCAGAACCUUUCAUAAUGGAGUCUCGACCUUACUACGGUCAAGCCUUGCGACUCCUUAACAAGGCACUUCAGGACCGGAAGCACGGAACAUCUAACGAGACAUUAUGUGCCGUCAUUCUGCUUUCCUUCUACGAAAUGUUUGCCAGCGACAACAACGAGUCCUGGAUUCGCCAUGCUGGAGGAGUUUCUGCUUUGAUGCGUGCUCGCGGACCUGAACGGCAUAGGUAUGGUUUUGAUCGCGAGAUUUAUCUGGCCUAUAGGUACACUCUUGUGAUUGAGGCUUUCCAGGAACGCAUGCCAUGCUUUCUUGCUGAAGCUACAUGGCUCAAGCUCUCAACGGACAUUCACGCUGAUCUGAAAGCUGCGGGCGUAACUGCAUCGCGCAUCGAGAUCUUCGACAUGGCUGACGAAUUUUAUAGUGCUAUGGUGGUCCUGCCCGAGUUGACGGCACAAGCACAGUCUCUGUUUGAAGCGUGGGAAACUAAGGCAACGCCUCAAUACAGCAGAGCACAUGUCCUGGACAGACUAAUUCAAGCCAGGGGUUUCUUCAAGAGUACGUUCGCACGACUCGAAGCUGCAUUGAAGAAAGCUGGUCAUACUCCGACGAUCAAUCUCACUCCACACGACCCACUGAUAGGAAUCGAAUACGAUUUUGUGAACACAUUUAUAGCUGCUUCCUACACUGGAUAUUGGACUGUCCUGAUGGUCCUGAACUUGUGCCUGCAAGCACUUCAGGCCAACGAUGCGGACAUGAUCGGUCUCUAUCGUACGGAAAGUAGAGAGUGUGGUCUCAAUGUCUGCAGAAGCACGACUUCUAUGCUGACAUCUUCUUUCCUCGGCCCCUUCUUCGUCAUAUUCGGCCUUCGUGUUGGGUUGCUAGUGUUCGAGGAUCAGAUUGGACCUGGUGAAGAAGUGCGCACAGAGGCGAACUGGAUAUUACGAAAGUUGUUCGACAUUGGUGAACGACACAUGGGUAUCGCGAAACACAUUCCAGGAUAUCGUGCCGGGAUGACGGUGGACGAACUCCUUGCAGAGUUUAGAGCACAAAAGAAGAAGGCAACACAGAAUAAUGUGCAGAGUGGACAAACAGACUUUGCCCGUCAGGUUGUAUAUGGCGAAACUGAACCUUACCAGAGCUCGGAUCGUACGCAAUCCACAUGGCAGGGCAUGACUAAAGUCGAUGAUGUUCUCAAGGUUUGGGACGAACAGGACAACUUUCAACUUCAACAGAAUAUGGAUAAUCUUGAUGCACGUCACGAUGCUACUGGCUUUGCGGAUGUGCCAGCCUCGAGCACAUUCCAUGAAGAACAAUUUCCUGCAGUUGGAGCUGCCCAAUUUAUGCCUGACAUGAACUCCUUCGACCGGGACUUUUUCAAUAUGCCGUCCACAAAUGUCGAUCCUUUCACGCACGACGAUUUGAUAACUGCAAGCAUGGAAGACUUGCCUUCGCAACAGCGAGAUCUCGAUGCAUAUGACGAUGCAGAGGUCGAAGGGCAGACAGAAUGUUCAGUGCAGAAUACCACAAUACCUGGUGUUGUGCAGCACUUUCCGCCAUGA